AUGGUUAAAUCUUCAACGAAAUCAACUUCCAAAAAGCAAAUUAAAUCUCUGGCAACACCAUUGUCAACGAAAAAAGCUUCUAUCAUGUCAUUAUCGACUAAAAGCACACCGAAUUCUACAUUAAACGAACUUUCAACUGUGACUAAAGCAACUUCAACACCAAAAAAUAAAUCGUCAAAAAAAAUAAAUUCAACUUACAUAAAAAAUACUAAGAAAAAUAAAAAUGGUUCAUAUAGAUCUAAUAAUGAUAAACAUAAGUUGAAAGAACCCAACGAAAUGGAAAUUGACAAUAAUGAUUUAUCAGAUGGUUCAAUUGAUUUUGGAAUGACUGAAAUUAAAGUCGAUGGUAGUGAUAUUGAUAGUAUUAUCGAUAAGUAUGAUGAACAUGUUAAAAUAGAUGAGAACGAUAAUAUGGAUAUUGAUCAGAAGAGUGGACGUGACAAUCUGAAUGAGGAAUUAUUAAUUGAUGAGGAAGGCAUGGAAAAUACAUUUAAACGACAAAAAAACCAGGAUCCUGAUUAUAAUGUAAUUAAAUUAGCAUUCCAACGUAAACAUGCAGUUACAAAAAAACUUGAUCCAGUUUAUCAUUUAGGAUUAAAAGAAUUAUGGAACCAAGUCCGAAUAAAAAAUAUUUCUAAAGAAAAAAGAAAUAAGUAUAUGGAUGAAUUAUUUGAAUUAAUCAAAGGUAAAAUACCUGAAAUAUUAUUUAAAAUUGAUACUUCACGUAUCAUACAAUCCGUACUUAAGUAUGGUACAGCAAAACAAAGAAACAUUAUUAUUGACGAGUUGGAAGGAAGAUGGUUAGAAGCUUCAAAAAAUGUCUAUGCUAAAUUUGUUAUUUGUAAAGUUUUAAAGUACUGGUAUAAAAUUAUAUCAGAAUUUAAGGGUAAUAUUUCAAAAUUGAUGCAACAUACAGAGGCUCGUAGCGUAAUUCUAGAAGCUUAUGAAUUACUUAAUGCAAAACAAAGAUCUUCUUUAAUCCAAGAAUUUUAUGGGAAAGAAUUUUCCUUAUUCAAGGAAACACAAGGAUUAAGCAUUGAAGAACUUGUAAAAGAAAAUCCUUCGAAUAAAGAUAGAGUUCUUGAAAACCUUUCAAGAGAAAUAGAGGCAAUAAUGAAAAAGCCAGGGUUAAUUGGAUAUAUUAUACCACAACGUAUUUUGUUGGAUUAUUUUACAUAUGCUAAUGAAAAUAAGAUACGUGAAAAAAUUGCUUUAAUUGGAGAACACGUGCAUGAAUUUUUACAUACGCGAGAAGGGUCUCGUGUAGCAAUGAUGUGUUUUUCUUAUGGUACCGUAAAAGAUAGGAAAACUAUGUUGAAAACCAUGAAAGAUUAUGUCGAAAAGAUAUGUUGUGAAGAAUAUGGACAUUUGGUGUUAUUGAGAGCAUUUGAUGUUGUUGAUGAUACUGUCGCUGUUUCAAAAUAUAUUAUUGAGCAAAUGACCAAGUUGAAUAAAUUAAGGAAUAUUCUUCAAAAUAAAUGGGGUCAUCGUGUAAUUCUAUACUUGUUGGCUCACAGGUCUACUUUAUAUUUUAGCUAUGAUACAUUACGUCUGCUUGCUCUUGGUGAUGACAUACGUACAAUGACAAGCAAAAAAGAUCCUGUUGUACGUGCAAACGAGCUUCGCCAAGCGAUUUCACCUGCUUUAAUUACAUAUGCACAAAACAAUACAUCAUCAAUGUUCCUAUUUACCUUUUCAACUCAAGUCCUCUGCGAAAUAUUGCUACAUGCGGAUGGAAAUUUUGAUCAAAAGACGGCAAUUUUAGAAAAUAUAGCAAGAUUAGCUAAUAAAAAUCCGAAUGAUACAGAGAAUGAUAAUAUUAUGUUAUCUUAUAUUAAUCGUACUCUUAAAGUAUUAGUUCACGGAGGACAUCGGAAACCGCCUAAAUCACUAAAAAUUAAAGAAGGUUCCAAAAUCGAUGUUUCUCAAGUUAUUAAUGAUGAUAAGGAAGAACUACACUUUGGACCGAUUUUAUUUAAUAAUAUUAAAGAAUAUAUUUUAUUCUAUGCAUGUCACCUUUCUGCAUCUUUUGUAGUAUUGGCUUUAUUGGAAAAUAACGAGACUAAUAAGUAUGUUAAGGAAGAAUUAUUGAAAGGUGUAGAACAAAUUAAAAAUGCUGCUCAGCAAGACGAAAAAUCUGGAGCAAAUUUAAUUUUAAAAAAAUUAGGAAUUAAAUUAAUUAAAUCGAAAAAGAUUAAGAAGGGUGGACAAAAAAUUAAAGGGAAAUCUGAAGGAAUUAUUGCUAAGGGUCAUGGAAUUAUGUCUGGUGCUAAUAAGAACAGUGAAAAUAAAGGAAGUGGAAAGGAAAUGGUGAAAGGGAAGGAGAUUAACGGUAGUAAAGUAAAUGAUAUGAAUGAUCGGGUUUCUAAUAAUACAGAAGAUAAUACUACUGUAAACUUCGAUCUUAGUGAUGAUGAAGCUUCUGAAGCUAUUUCUAGCGAUUCUAACAAAGAUUUCGCAAAUGGUAGCGAUGAAGAUGAUGAUUAUAGCGAUCGUGAGAGUUUUCUUAGUGAAAAUGAGGACAGCGAUGCAUUGGUUAUGGAUAAUGAGGGGGACCUCAUCAUGAGGGGGCAACGAAUUAAAAAGAACAAAAAGUUUCAUUUAAAAACGAUGGAUUCAUAUGAAUUUGGAAACAAACCCGAACUUUUAUCGAAUUUUCAUGCAAUCAGAAUCGGUAAAGAUCCUAUUUCAAAGAAAGAGGAGGAGAGGAUUCUGGCAUCCCAAAAAAAAUUUGGAUAUGCAACCAAAUGGAUGUAUGCGGAAGAUGAUGAAUUGCUUCCGGUUUACGGUGAUAGUGAUGAAGAAUUAUAUUAUCUAACGAGUGAUUUUGAGGAAGAAAUUAUGGAAGAAGAGAGAAAAUUAUCUAAGAGAGAGGGUAAAAAAUCUACUCCUUUCAUUUAUGUAGGUUCAGAAGGCAAAAGUUCUCCUUCCAUUAAUGAAAACAUCUCAAGUGAAGAUGAGGAAUCUUUUGAAUUAAAGAAAGGGAAAGAUGGAAUUCCACAAAGCAAAAAACCACAACUUGAGGAUAAAGCUUAUUAUUAUUGGUCAAAAUACUUUCCAAGAAAAUCAAGUACCAAAAAUACUACGCGUUUGGCUACUUUACAAAAGUCCUUGCAACAUUUGAGAAAUGAGCGUCUUCCUCAAUUGGUCGAACAAGUUAAAUCAAAUCUUAAUACAGUAAAAGAGUUAACUUUAGAGAAAUCUUCUGUGAGGCGUGCAUGUGGCGCGUUGGAGACGACUUUGCAUCAGGUUUUCGUAUUUGAAUGGAUAUUAGCUCUCUUAGUUAGGCCCGAAGUUCCACAGAAAUCUGCAAGAACCUCAAAGAAGAAGAAGAUUGUUAAAAAUGAAAACUCAAACGAAGUUACUGAUGACUAUGAAGAGUAUGAUUCGGACUUCAUCGAUGAUUCUGAGCCAGUGGAUACAAAUACUUAUAAUUUGGAAUGGGCAGAAUUAUACAGAAUUCCUAACCUUACUGUUGAAACAAUGAAAUUACCGGAUUUACCCGAGGUUACUAGAGUCAUCUCAAAUGAUGUUGCAUGUGUAAAUUCCGAAAAAUCACGUCAUGAUUCAAGUGAAUCGAAUGCACUUGAAAAAAAUAUAACAUCACCCAAUAAUAUAAAUGUACCACUUGUUAAAGAUGAUAAUAUUAUUAUUUCAAAAGAAUCACCAGAUGUUAAAAUUUCUGAUAGCGAUGAUUCUUCGGAUAAAAAACCGCUUUCAGAAGAAAUAACUUUUGUUCCUAUUGUUGAAAAUUCGUCUAGAAAACCUAAUCCCUCUGAAAUCAUUGUUGUAGAAGAUAGUGAUGUAGAAAUUACGAGUGAUAUGGAAAUAGAUGAUGAUAAAACUGAGUCUUAUCAAGCAAGUGUCAUUAAUAAUCUAGCGCAUUCCGUGUCGAAAGUUAACAUCAUACCGGAUUUUGAUUACAUUGAUGAUGAUGAUGUGUAUGAAGAACCAGUACAAAUGCAUUCUAAAAUUGAUACUACCUUUCUUAAAUAUAAGUGUCAAGAGUUAUAUGAUAAAAUAAUCGCGCUCUCGGAACAAUUAGCUUUCAAUUGUAAUCAGAAGCUUGAAGAUCAGGCGGUCUUAAUACGUAUAUAUGACGAAUUUAGAAGGUAUCUACAUAUGUUAUGUAGAAAAGGAGGAGACAGCGAAGAGGAAUCAGACGACUUGGAUAGAGGAGAAUGCAGUUCUCCUAAAAAAUCUAAACGAAGAAAAAAGGUGAAGGAAUCAAAAACCGUUAUUGAACAACGCAAAGCCAGAAGCAUGCUUGAACAGGAUUAUAGAGCCAGAUUUGAAAUGCAGGCAAAACUCGUCAAUCCUUCUGAAGGAGUUAUAAUUAAUCUUGGCCAUCAUGAAGACGAGGAACACAUUUUUAUACCUGAUAUAGGUAAUAAAUUAAAACCUCAUCAGAUCGAAGGCGUUCGAUUCUUAUGGAAGAAUAUAAUAAUGUUCAAUAAAGGAUGUGUUCUUGCGCAUUCAAUGGGUUUAGUGAUAACGUUUCUAUUUACAUUGGCUUAUCAUAUUCGGGGAUAUAGUAACAAUACAGUUAUACCUGAUCAUCUUAAAAAAUUCCAAAUUUUGAUUCUUUGCCCAAAAAUUGUAGUGGAUAAUUGGGAAAACGAAUUCAAUUACUGGUUAAAAGAUGUGAGUAAGAUUUUCAGCUUUUAUAAAUUUAAUGAUAAUGUUGACCAACGUCAAAAAACCAUCAUUACAUGGUUUGAAAAUGGAGGUGUGCUCUUAGUCGGUUAUGAAAUGUAUAGGCAACUUAUCUGUACAAACUCACCUCAUCAAGGUUUUUAUCGCCAUUGCUUAUUGGAACCUGGCCCGUCUUUAAUAGUUGCAGAUGAAGGUCAUAUACUUAAAACAAAGGAUACAAAAUUGAAUGAAGUUCUUAAGAAUUUAAAAACUCCAAGUCGAAUAAUAUUGACCGGAUCUCCUUUACAAAAUAAUUUGGUUGAAUAUUGGUGUAUGAUCCAAUUUGUAUGCCCUAAUUAUUUGGGAGAGCUUGAGGAUUUCAAAAAGGUUUAUAUGCAACCUAUUCAAAAUGGUUUGUACAAACAAGUCGAGCUCGCAGAAGAAAAGCUUUCGAGAAAAAUGCUUUACGUUCUCGGCAAUAUUAUCGAAGAUAUCGUUCAUAGGAGAAAUCUUGGUAUUUUGGAAAAAGAUCUGCCUACAAAAGUAGAAUAUCUUGUUGCUUGCAGGAUACAAGGCCGUCAGUUAUAUAUAUAUAGUGAAUUAGUCGAUGCAUUAAAUAAGGAAGGUGGUCCCAAUAUACAAUACUCGCAUCUUUUAGGUGUUCUCUGUAAUCAUCCUGCAAUAGUUUUGCCAAAGCUAAGUAAAGAGAAUAAGGUCAAAGAAAAAAUUGUCAUAGAUUUAACAGGUGAUGAUGGUGAAGUAAAUGCAAUAGAUGAUGAUAAUUUGCCAACUACCAUUCGCGAAUCUAUUUAUAAAAUCGUGAGCGAAAUGAAAGAAUUGGAUGAGAUUUAUGAAAGCUGUAAGAUGUUGGUUUUAAUGAAAAUUUUGGAAAAAUGUGAAGCAAAGAAAGACAAAGUACUUAUAUUCUCUAAGAGUAUACCGACUUUAGAUUUCAUCGAAAAAUUGUUAAAAAAAUGGAAGCCCGACAAUGAUUCUCAUUUUAUGAGAAUAGACGGGAAUACGGCUUCCGCUGUAAGUGUCAAUUUAGUAGGAGCCAAUAGGGUUAUUUUGGUUGACGGUGAAUGGAAUCCAAGUCAUGCGGAACAAGCCAUUGGCAGGGCAUAUCGAUAUGGACAGACGAAACCUGUAUAUGUUUACCGUCUAAUAACAUUCGGAACAUACGAACAUAAAGUCUUCAUCAAUUCAGUACAUAAAAUGGGUUUAUCAUUCCGAGUGGUGGAUCAAAAAAAUCCAGAAAGAAAAUUCACUAGAGAAGAUCUAAAUUCAAAGUUUUUAGUCACUCCCGAAGCUAAUAUGCCAACUAAACUACCUGCGCCUGAAUGUAUUAAUUAUGAUGAUGAUGUUUUGGUUAGCGUUGCUUUAGAGCAUCGCCAAAGUAUUAUUGAUAUUCAAAAGGUUUCAUCUUUUUUUAUCGAUGAUUCUCAAGAUCUCAAUGAAGAUGAUAAAAAACAUGCUCAAGAAUUAUUGAUCGAAGAAAAAGCAAAAUUGAGUUUACGAAUCAACUAG